UGAUGAUAGCAGCGACGAUUGCGAGAGGAGGGAAAAGGGACAUGCACAUGCAGACACAGAUACGAGGACGAGGACGGAGGAAUCAGAGGUGGUUUUUCAGAAAGGGCCGAGAGGACCGAGUGGCAGCCAAAUGGGGGUGUGUUUGGCGGACAAAUAAUGAGUCAAAACAUUGGAGAGUCGAAAGUCUGCGUCCCAAGGGGGGCGAGCGCGAGAGUAAAAAUGGCAACGCGAACGCCAGGCGGAAAUUAACAUGUGAAGCUGCUGGAGGGCGAGUUCACAACGACUCCAUCUUGUGCCUGUAUCUACAUUGUAUUCAGCAGCAUUGACUUGGGGUCGGCCAAAAGUGACGGCGAAGGGAGGAUAGGGAGAGGAAAGUGAGAGACGAGUGAGUGAGAGUGACCCGGCAUCCAGCAUCCAGCAUCCAGCAUCCAGCCCUUCUCUCACGUUGUGGUCCAGCACCUCCUGUAGGUGCAUCGGAGGUGGCCUAUCUUACCAAGUAGGGGCUGCUUUAUCGGUGGGUGCCUCCUAGCCACUCACUAACCCUCUG